GAGCGGCUCCGGCGGGGAAGCGCUCCCCGCCGCCCCGAGGGAGCACCAUGCCGGCCGGACCCGUGCAAGCCAUGCCUCCGGCGCAGCCAGCGCCCCCCGCGGAGAGCAAACCGCCAGAAGAGGAGCCAAAAGAGGAAGCAGCACCAGCCAAGCCUGUGGUAGGAAUUAUUUACCCUCCUCCAGAGGUCAGGAAUAUUGUGGACAAGACUGCCAGCUUCGUAGCCAGAAAUGGCCCAGAAUUUGAAGCUCGAAUUCGUCAGAAUGAAAUAAAUAACCCUAAGUUCAAUUUCUUGAAUCCCAACGAUCCUUACCAUGCAUACUACCGGCACAAAGUCAGCGAGUUCAAAGAGGGUAAAGCACAGGAGCCCUCGGCUGCUAUUCCCAAGGUCAUGCAACAGCAGCAAAGUGCCCAGCAGCAGCUUCCACAGAAGGUGCAGGCCCAGGUGAUCCAGGAGACAGUCGUUCCGAAAGAGCCACCUCCGGAGUUCGAGUUCAUUGCAGAUCCUCCCUCAAUCUCGGCUUUUGACUUGGACGUGGUGAAGCUAACGGCGCAGUUCGUGGCUCGGAACGGGCGGCAGUUCUUGACUCAGCUGAUGCAGAAAGAGCAGAGGAACUACCAGUUUGAUUUCCUUCGCCCCCAGCACAGUCUCUUUAACUACUUCACUAAGCUGGUCGAACAGUACACAAAGAUCUUGAUCCCACCAAAAGGCUUACUCCUCAAACUCAAGAAGGAGGCCGAAAAUCCCAAGGAAGUCCUAGAUCAGGUGUAUUACAGAGUGGAGUGGGCAAAGUUCCAGGAGCGAGAGAGAAAGAAGGAAGAGGAGGAGAAGGAAAAGGAGCGCGUUGCUUAUGCCCAGAUUGAUUGGCAUGACUUUGUGGUGGUGGAAACAGUUGACUUUCAGCCCAAUGAGCAAGGGAAUUUCCCUCCUCCCACCACUCCAGAAGAGUUGGGAGCUCGAAUCCUGAUCCAGGAGCGUUAUGAGAAGUUUGGGGAAAGUGAGGAGGUAGAGAUGGAGGUGGAGUCAGAUGAGGAAGAUGAAAAGCAAGAGAAAACAGAUGAGCCCCCAGCCCAGCUGGAUCAAGACACACAAGUGCAGGAUAUGGAUGAGGGCUCAGAUGAUGAAGAUGAAGGUCAGAAGGUUCCUCCUCCUCCAGAAACUCCGAUGCCACCGCCUCUUCCUCCCACACCAGAUCAGGUCAUUGUGCGGAAAGAUUAUGAUCCCAAAGCCUCAAAACCAUUACCACCUGCCCCAGCUCCAGAUGAGUAUCUUGUUUCCCCCAUCACUGGAGAGAAAAUUCCUGCCAGUAAAAUGCAAGAACACAUGCGAAUUGGUCUCCUGGAUCCUCGAUGGUUGGAGCAGCGUGAUCGAUCCAUCCGUGAAAAGCAGAGUGAUGAUGAGGUCUAUGCCCCAGGUUUGGAUAUUGAAAGCAGCUUGAAGCAGCUGGCAGAGCGCCGUACUGAUAUCUUUGGUGUAGAAGAGACUGCCAUUGGUAAAAAGAUUGGUGAAGAAGAAAUCCAGAAACCAGAGGAAAAGGUGACCUGGGAUGGCCACUCGGGCAGCAUGGCCCGCACACAACAGGCUGCUCAGGCCAAUAUUACUCUCCAAGAGCAAAUUGAAGCUAUCCAUAAGGCCAAGGGACUGGUGCCAGAAGAUGACAGCAAGGAGAAGAUCGGGCCCAGCAAACCCAAUGAAAUGCCCCAGCCACCCCCUCCUUCCUCGGCGUCAAAUCCCCCAGCUAGCGCUCAGCCUAUCACAUCCGUGCCUCGUCCACCCACGAUGCCCCCUCCCGUUCGCGCCGCUGUUGUUUCUGCAGUUCCAGUCAUGCCUCGUCCCCCGAUGACUUCCGUGGUCCGUUUGCCUCCGGGAUCCGUCAUAGCCACCCCCAUGCCACCAAUAAUCCAUACCCCGCGCAUCAACGUUGUCCCCAUGCCGCCCUCUGCUCCUCCCAUCAAGCCCCGCCCGCCUCCCAUGAUAGUACCGACAGCAUUUGUUCCUGCGCCUCCCGUGGCUCCGGUUCCUUCCCCAGCGCCGAUGCCUCCUGUUCACCCGCCGCCACCGAUGGAGGAUGAGCCGGUCUCAAAGAAACUGAAGAGCGAAGACAGCCUGAUUCCAGAGGAGGAGUUCCUGCGCAGGAACAAGGGUCCGGUCACGGUCAAGGUCCAGGUUCCCAACAUGCAGGACAAGACGGAAUGGAAACUGAACGGCCAAGUGUUGAUGUUCACCCUGCCGCUCUCAGACCAGGUGUCUGUUAUAAAGGUUAAGAUCCACGAGGCCACAGGGAUGCCAGCUGGGAAACAGAAGCUGCAGUACGAGGGCAUCUUCAUCAAGGAUUCGAACUCCCUGGCUUAUUACAACAUGACAAGUGGCUCUCUGAUUCACCUGGCACUCAAAGAAAGAGGAGGCAGAAAGAAAUAGGAGCCGUGGAGCCCAGAGAUGUAACGUGGCUGCGUUGCCACUUGUGUAACCCCACCCUUCGAAUCCUCCAGCCUUUUAGGGGCUACUGCGACUGCCUGCCAGCUCUAGUUUGCAAAGAGAGACUGUGAACCCCGUGUUUGGGUGGCUGACGAGAGAGGGGAAGUUGAUAGAGCCCUGAAACAUGUAAAUGUAGUGACCUAGUGUGUAACUGCAGCAGUCUGUUAGCGAUCGAUGCUUUGCUCGAGUGCUGGCUCUCCGUUGAAUUCCCUCGUGAAGCAACAUUGAGGUCAUGCCCAGCUUAGUGUAGGUCCAUCUUUGAGGGAUUUACACUGACCAAGAACAUCAUCUGUCUGACUGCAGUGCUUGCUGCUUCAUUUAACCUUUUUCUAAUUGAAAACUUCUUCCUUCUCAACGUACUUAUUAAGCCCUUUGUUCUUUCUCUGUCUUGGAUCUAUCUGCAAGAGCUUCUUGCACUGACCCUGACUUGGAAAUUUAUCCUCCCUCAGCAUGAGCGUACGUGGCUGUUCCCUGCGAUAAAGAGAUCUGGGUCUGUGCAUGCUAAACAGCUUCGUGCUGCUUCUGUACAGCCUGUGAUUUGUUUUAAUAAACACGCGUCUCGGUGCGGGA